AUGCUUCGGCGUUGGGAGGACAGUCAGAAGUACCUGUCUGACCACCCUUACCUGGUGUGUGAAGAGACGGCUAACUUCCUGGUUAUCAUGUGUAUCGACCUGGAGGUGGAGGAGAAACAUGGUUUGAUGGAUCAGGUAGCCCAUCAGACCAUAGUGAUGCAGUUCAUCUUAGAGUUGGCUAAGAGCCUGAAGAUCGACCCUCGCGGAUGCUUCAGAGAGUUCUUCCAAAAGAUCAAGACUGCAGACCAGCCCUACCAGGAGGCCUUUACUGAUGAGCUGGAGUCCUUUAGAGAGAGAGUUCGAGGCAGGGCUAAGAUCAGGAUACAAAAGGCCAUGGAGGAGUAUGAGGAGGAGGAGAGACAGAACAGACUGGGGCCAGGUGGACUGGACCCUGUGGAAGUCUACGACACUCUGCCAGAGGAAAUGAAGAAGUGUUUUGAUGAUAAAGACAUCUCAAUGCUGCAGGAAGCUAUCAGCAAGAUGGACCCCAUGGAGGCAAAGGGCCACAUGAAGAGGUGUAUUGACUCAGGACUCUGGGUUCCCAACGCCAAUACCGACAACGAAGAGGACAAAGAAGAAGACGAGGAAGAGGACAAAGAAGAUGAGGAAGAACCAGAGAAGGAGGGAGAGGCGGAGGAGGAGAAAUGACUCUGUCAUGAAUUGAACCCUUCCUUUUAGACUUUUGACCUUUUCAGACCUAGCUACACCCUUUACUAGCGUUAGCUUGUCUUAUUGAAAAUAUGCUGUGAAGAUGCUAACUUCUCUAGCGUUAAUUGGGCUAGUAUCGCUAGCAUUAGCCUGACCCAUUGAAACCCUGCACCGGGCCAAAGAGUCAGCUCUAGGGUCAGAUUCCCCUCCCCAAUCCUGACGUUAACCAUCUGUGGAAAAUGCUAAACUUCACCCUGCUCCCGUUUCUACCCAUAGUCCCUUUCUCCAUGACCCCAUCUUUAUAUUAACCCCCCCCACCCCACUUCUUACCCCUGUCGUCUCUUCUACCCAUAGUUCCAUCUCUAUAUUAACCCCCCCACACCUCAUUUCCGGUUUAAUAGCACAUGAUCUAUUUGAUUUUGUUAUUCAUAAUUUGUUUGUUUUGUUUUAUAGGCGUAGUUCCACCCUCCACUCCCUCCCCUUCUAGUCACCUAGAACCGGCUUUUGAACUGUUACCUAGAACUUAGAACCGCUAUCCAAACAAUCUCACCUCCAUCCUCUCUGAACCAAACUAUCUCUCUCUCUCAGGCCUCUCUCUGUCUCUCCGCAUGGGUCAAACCGGUUUAAACCAGAUGAAACGGGUUAAAACCAGUGCAAUUCUGAUUGGAGCUCCUCUCUGCAGCUGGGACAGAAUGGGUGUGGUCUGUCAGUUGACUCCACCCCUUUCCUUAUUACAGUUGUAAUCUUGCUUAGUAAAGUUGGGCUGCAAAAACAA